GAGCGCGUGAAGCCAGCUAGUAAAGUGGGCGGUCUGUCAACGCCUGAUCCAACGAACACAUGCGAGUGAUGUGCCGCAACGUCAGUGUUUAAUCAGCGAGGAAUGCUUAAAGUGACCGUGAUUGGAGGUGGUGACAAAGAUACUCCCCUCCAGUGAGCCUGAGGUCUGACUGGCCAGUGUGUGUCAGCCAGCCAGCAGCAGCUUGAUCUCAGUAGACACAGUAAUCUCCCUAUGGGUGAAGCGCUUUCUGUGCCGUUGUAAUCGGCCCCAACGGCCUUCACUCCCCCAUCCCACACACCCACACUCAUCAUGGGAGAAGUAGUCCUAAUGCACUUCACCGCUGUGGACUACGCCAUCUUUGCCUUAUUGCUGGUGGCCUCAACUGGCAUCGGCCUCUUCUAUGCCUUCUCUGGUGGGCACCAGCGCACAACACAGGAGUUCCUCAUGGCUGACCGCUCCAUGAGCUGCCUGCCUGUGUCUCUGUCCCUGCUGGCCACUUUCCAGUCGGCUGUGGCCAUCCUGGGUGCUCCAUCUGAGGUGUACACCUUUGGGACUCAGUACUGGUUCCUGGGCUGCUCCUACUUCUUGGGCCUGCUCAUCCCAGCUCAUGUUUUCAUACCUAUCUUCUACAGACUGCGGCUGUCUAGCGCCUAUGAGUACCUGGAGCUGCGCUUUAACAAGACGGUUCGCAUAUGUGGGACUGUGACCUUCAUCUUUCAGAUGGUCAUUUAUAUGGGGGUGGUGCUGUAUGCUCCAGCUUUGGCACUCAAUGCAGUGACAGGUUUUCACCUAUGGGGAGCCGUGUUGGCCAUGGGAUUGGUGUGCACGAUAUAUACUGCUCUGGGGGGUCUGAAGGCGGUCAUGUGGACCGAUGUGUUCCAGACAGUGGUGAUGUUUGCAGGCCAGCUGGCAGUGAUUGUGGUGGGGACCAGUCAGGCAGGGGGCAUAGCAGAGGUGUGGAGGAAAGCAGUCAAUGGCAGCCGCAUAGCCGGACUAGACCUGAACCCCGAUCCUCUGGAGAGACACACCUUCUGGACGCUGGGUGUGGGAGGAGUCUUCCUGAUGUUGGCUCUGUAUGGGGUCAACCAGGCCCAGGUCCAGAGAUACCUCAGUUCUCGCACAGAGAAAGAGGCCAUCAUGUCCUGCUACGUAGUUUUCCCGUGCCAGCAGAUUGUCUUGUGUUUAGGCUGUCUGAUGGGUCUGGUCAUGUUUGCUCGCUAUGGAGAGAAUAGCCCUCUGGACAAGGGCUUCGUCAAAACUAAUGACCAGAUGGUUCUGUACUUUGUGAUGGAUGUGUUCAGGGAUCUGCCCGGCCUCCCGGGACUCUUUGUGGCAUGUCUCUUCAGUGGAGCUCUCAGCACCAUCUCAUCAGCCUUUAACUCCCUAGCAACAGUAACCAUGGAGGACCUGAUCAAACCUCAUUUUCCAAACAUGACCGAAGCUAAAGCCACGAUGCUGUCUAAGGGACUCGCUCUGGCCUAUGGCCUGGUUUGUCUGGCUAUGGCCUACUUCGCCUCUCUAAUGGGGUCUGUGCUGCAGGCAGCCUUCAGCAUCUUCGGGAUGGUGGGUGGUCCCCUGCUGGGCCUGUUCUGUCUGGGAAUGUUCUUCCCCUGGGCAAACUCAACAGGUGCAGUGGUUGGGUUAGUAGCAGGCCUUGCCAUGGCCUUCUGGAUCGGCCUUGGCAGCUUUGUGAUGCGGAUGUCUGCUCCCACCCCAGUGCCACCACUCAACGCCACUGCUCUUCCCCUGUUUGACAACAUGACCAUGACUGCACUGGUCAGCGCCACCUCAGCCAAGCCAAGGCCAACGGGUGUAGAGGCGCUCUAUAUGUUGUCCUACAUGUGGUACAGUGCUCACAACUCGACCACUGUGGUGGUGGUGGGACUUCUUGUCAGCCUGCUAACAGGACCUAUGAAGGAGAAGGAUCUGACCCCCGGCACAGUGUUUCCAGUCCUGGGCACACUGCUCUUCUUUCUGCCUGAGCGCUACAGAGAGAAGCUCUGCUGUGUCACUCCUCUGGCUCAGGAGCCCAAAGAAAUCAACACACAGCCUUAUCAGAUGGCCAAGAAAGACAGCAACGGAGCAGCUUACUGCAAAGAGGACAUGGUCACGGAAGACAAAGAGACUGAGAGCGACAGAGCACAAACAGAGGAGGAAGACUUGGAAGCUAGGAUUGCUCUGCCCUCAUGCCAACUGACGGCUCCCACUGUUCAGGAGACUGCCUUGUGAUCCUGUUUUCUCUAACUUACAACACGCACAAUCCCAGCUACUGUGAUAUCCAGUCCAUCACUAAGAGAAUGUCCAUUAAGUCUACAGUACCAAGUUUGGGUGUUUGGUGUUUUACAUGUCAUCAGUUGAAUCUGAUUUAUAGAAAAGGCUUAUGGACUUCAGUGUCUGUGUGGGGAGAGAGUGUUUUAUUGGUACCUGCUCACACUUUUCUUGUCAGAAAAAAACAAAAAAAAACUGCCAGGCUGGAACUGUGCGCUGAAAGCCAAACUGUGAGCAAUCAAAGACUAAAUUAAUCUAUUGAUGUCCAUUAGCAACUCUGAUGUGUGGGUAGCUCUCUUGCAAUGAGCUGUUCCACUGUGACUGGACUCAUUCAGUUUAACAAAAGAAUCAGGUAGUUGUAAAAUGUGUAAUUUUUGUAGAGAAGAUUGAACAUAAAAUCCCAAAAUAUGUAUGAGAGAAUAUAAUAUUAAAAAGAAAAGACUGAGAUUUAGCUGAAGGCUGUGACAGUGCAGUGUCUUCACAUGGCCUUCGUUUAAUACUAAUAGUCGCCUUGGAAAGAAAUGAAAUAUAAUAAGUUAUGUGUAUAUUUUCCAUUCGUGUAUAAUCACCUGAAUGAGCCCUUUGUAGGUAGCAUAGUAGGUUCUACUUGCUUGGAAGGGGAGGAUGAGGGGAAGAGUUAUCAGUUGGUCGCAAUCUGCGUCCUCACUGCUAGAUGCCACAAACUCCUACUCACUGGACUUUUAUAGAAUCCUUAAGUUUUAAAGAAUCCUUGCAUGCCGUUGUGUUGUUGGUUACUUCUUGACCAGUAUGCAAACACCAAACGAUUACAGGAACCAAUAACUCCUCCAACGCACACGAGUCAUGUGAGUUUUGAAUGAAUAUAGUCAAUCUUAAAGACCUGGUGGAAGGAUUAAAAUGAAAUGAGUCAGCGGAGUUAUCAUUAUAUCAUUAUUUAAAUUCAGGUAGUUGUCAGUGCCAGUAUGUGAUUGAUUUGCAUUUAGUAUUAUCAUAAAUGUCAUGAUUUUUGGAAUCACAGAAUUCUUGAGCAUCGCCAUUUUAGCAUUUUAAGUCAUCCAUCGUCAUUGUGUCAGGAGCGAGGUUGUGUGUGUGCACAAUGUUUUGAGUCCGUACUGUCUGUGUUCUUGAUAAUAGACUGCAUGGCCAUGUUUUGUCAUGUGAUGAUGUUUAACAGCCAAACCAAUCUGGCGGAGAGUCCACAUGAACCUGCGUCUCAUAAAUAGUCAGUAACCUUACUCUAUCAGCAUGUGUUGUCACAUGCUCUCUACGGAUCAGUUGCCUUACAUUUUCCUGUUCAAAUGAGUUUGCUGGAGUUGCAGUUGUAUUUGAAGUACAUGCCAGAGAAUCAAGGUGACACAGUUUAGCAUCAGAAAAGAAGCAGCUUAGCGUCUCAUUUCUUUGAAAAGGAUUAUGGACUCUCGAGACCAGUAGAUCCCCUGUUUGAUGGAAUGUUGAGCCCUUGUAAGCACCAGUCCGUUACAGGAACCAACAUGUUUGUACCAUCAUCCUGAUACUCAGAAAUACCUCGAUUUAUCCAAAGCAUAUAGAAUAUGAAUUUCUUUUUUUACCAGCAGAAGAUAUGUUUGAGCUCAUAUUUUUGUAAUUUCACGUAAAGCCUGCACACAUUUCAUGAGCUGAAAUGUGGAAUUCUAUAUGCAAGAACCAUAGAAAUGUUUUUUUUAUUUUGGGAAUGUCAGGCAGAAUUGGGAACGUAGCAGUCCACUCUUGUGACAGCAUGUGAUUUUAGAGCACUAGCAUACUUUGCCUUAUUUCACACAGGUAAUGUUGGUCAAACAAAGCUGAUAAUUUUGUGUUACAUUCCAUAUGGUAGCCUCUACAGUCAGAUUUUCAAAACAUUGUCAACGUUUCUAGAGUUCUUAAACUACUUUAAAGCACAUGUGGUAAUGUGUACUCUAUUUAUGAUUGCAUAGUGUUGAAUCCUUCUCCUUACCUGAAAUGACUUGAAGCGUGUGCCUGUAAAGUUACCUCAGUGAUAGACAGAUAAACCCUAUAAACCCUUUUCUAAUGUGAGGGAACAUAAUUCAAGUGCUUAAGUACAUAUUAUGAAAUUAUUGCUGGUAAAGAUGUCCAAACAGGGUGGGCACUGUGAUACUACUGAACACUAACACACCUAAUAAAGCACAAUGUCAGUACUCUGUGGUCCUGCUAUUGAAGGAGUCUGACUGAAGCCAUCAGUUGGUGUAAAUCAGUUUAGAUACAGUGUUCAUGAGUGGAGAAGAUACAGGUUGUGAAAGGAAAGCAUGGCGCUCCAGCAACAAUAAAUAUUGUUGUGAACAAUAUUUAUGAUAUUUGUUCUCCCAUCCACAAGAAUUCUUCCUGUUAUGCAUUCCAAAAAAACAACAACCCCAUAAGCACUGGAGUCGAGAGGACUCCUCUGCUUUGGCUGUGCCUUCAGUUUGUGAUGGUUUUUUUGGGGAGGGGGAGGGUUGUAUCCUGCUGUAGUUUCCAGUGUAUUACCAUGAAUAUGAGAUCAGACCAGAAACAUCUCUCCAGAAGGGGACCAAACCCACAUUUCUGAAGGAAUAAAUGAAUCUUGUGUGAGAUGAUGUGAUGAGGAGAAACGGUCCUGUUGAUGGAGGGAGGUAGAAACAGUAAACUUUACUCUAGUGGAAAGCUAAAUUGAGUGCACUGUAAUUCAUUGACAUGUUGUUUGGAUGUAUGACUAUUAGAUUAGACAUAAGUGUGGUGUAUUAAAUUAAGAUGAUAUUAAAAUAAUAAGAAUUUAA